AGCUUGCAAAAUGGCUCAUGGAAAGGACACAUUGCUCCUGGCUUUGAUUCUCACGGCUGGGGUCACAGCGCUUGUAGCUACUGGACAAAAAGCAGAGCAACCAGAAGUGGUAACCAAAUAUGGGAGAGUCCAAGGGUACCAAUUCAAAGUAGACACAGCUGAGAGGAGUGUAAAUGUCUUCUUGGGACUUCCUUUUGCUAAGCCUCCAGUUGGACCACUGAGGUUUUCUGAACCUCAGCCACCUGAGCCAUGGAAAGGUGUCAGAGAUGCCACUUCCUACCCACCAAUGUGUCUACAGGAUAAAGUACAAGGACAGUAUUUUUCAGAUGUUAUUACUAACAGAAAAGAAAAAGUUCUUCUGCAAGUGUCUGAAGAUUGCUUAUACCUAAAUGUGUAUACACCCACUUCUACAGAGAAAGAGGAGAAGCUGCCUGUCUUUGUAUGGAUCCAUGGAGGUGGAUUAGUUUUUGGGGCAGCUUCAUCAUAUGAUGGUUCAGCAUUAGCAGCCUUUGACAAUGUGGUGGUUGUAACAAUUCAGUACAGAUUAGGUAUCCUGGGAUAUUUUAGCACUGGUGAUAAACAUGCCCGAGGUAACUGGGGGUAUUUAGAUCAAAUAGCAGCUCUGCAGUGGAUUCAAGAAAAUAUCAUACAUUUUGGAGGAGAUCCAGCAUCUGUCACUAUUUUUGGAGAAUCUGCAGGAGGAAUCAGCGUUUCUGCCCUUGUCUUAUCUCCCCUGGCAAAGGGCUUGUUCCAUAAGGCCAUUUCAGAGAGUGGUACUGCAAUCAGGAUUUUGUUCACUGACCACCCUGAGGAGGAAGCACAAACAAUUGCUGCUGCCUCUGACUGUGAAAAAUCCAGUUCAGCUGCAAUAGUUGAAUGCUUAAGAGAGAAAACAGAAGAAGAGAUAAUACAGAUAACACUAAAAAUGCCUCUCAUAUUCAUCAGUACAUCUGUAGAUGGUGUAUUUUUUCCAAAGAGUCCUAGGCAACUACUAUCUGAAAAAGCCAUCAAUUCAGUCCCAUAUAUGAUAGGAGUAAAUAACUGUGAAUUUGGAUGGGUACUUCCUACGAUGAUGAAAUUUCCUGCUUUUGUAGAUGGCCUGGAUGAAGAUGUUGCACGCCAAGUUUUGCAGAACAUAUUAACAUUAGCACUUAAGGGUGCUACGUCUGAAGUUGCUGAUCGAGUGUACCAUGAAUACAUUGGGGGUGCAGAAGGCCGUGCUCAGGUGCGAGAUGGCCUUCUUGAUGCACUGGGAGACUUAUUUUUUGUUUUGUCAGCCAUUGAAGUGGCCAGAUACCAUAGAGAUGCUGGCAAUCCAGUCUACUUUUAUGAAUUUCAACAUCGACCAAGUUCAGCGGCAGGUGUUGUGCCAGAGUUUGUAAAAGCAGAUCAUGCGAAUGAGAUUGCCUUUGUCUUUGGAAAGCCAUUCUUAGCUGGGUAUGCUACAGAAGAAGAACAUGAACUUAGCAGAACUGUUAUGAGAUACUGGACUAACUUCGGUAGAAACGGAAAUCCCAACGGAGAAGGCUUGGUCCAUUGGCCUCAUUAUGAUCUGGAUGAACAAUACCUGGAAAUAGACCUAAUGCAAAAGGCAUCAAAGAAAUUGAAAGAACACAAAAUGGAGUUUUGGACACAGCUCACAAAACAAAUGAUGAAAGAAAGGAGAGAACACACAGAUUUAUAA